AUGGGGUUCUUUUCGCGCCACUCCAAUGUUUAUUUGUAUGUGCCAAAUUUGAUAGGGUACGCCCGCGUGGCUGCGGCCAUCUACGCGUUUGCCGUAGCUUUCACCAGCCCAUACCAAUGCGUCGCUGCAUACUUUUUGAGUUUUGUAUGUGACGAGCUGGAUGGUCGGUUUGCGCGGAUGCUGAACCAGACAUCCACUCUGGGCGCCGUGCUGGACAUGGUCACCGACAGACUGGCCACCACGGGGUUGCUGCUGGUGGUGACGAUGGUGUACCCGCAGCUGCACGUGGUGACCAUCUGCCUGAUCUUCCUGGACGUCUUUAGCCACUGGUUCCAAAUGUACGCCUCCCUGGCCGUGGGGGCAACCACACACAAGGACGUCAAGAGCAAGAGCUGGCUGGUCCGCACCUACUACGGCAACCGGCUUUUCAUGGGGUACUGCUGUGUCAGCUGCGAAGUGCUGUAUCUAGUGGUCUACGCCUCCACGUGGCCCGAGCUGAUGCGGUUGGUGGUGCCGCUGCCUGCCGGCGCCCGUCUGGCGCUGCCAGCCAAGGUGGCGGAGCUGGCACCGGUGCUGCUCCGCUUCACUAGCGAGUCAGGGGGGUUGCCGCUGAUGACCCUGUUUGGGCUUUUGGCGCUGCCGGGCUUUCUCACAAAACAGCUUUGUAACUGGGUGCAGCUGCGGACCGCAGCCGACCAGUUGAUCGCCUUUGACCUGAACAAACAGCAACGAAAGGGUCGGUAA